AUGGCUUAUGGGGCGACUCAAUCCUUCGUUCCUAGCACUUCCGCGACGGCAGCAUACUCGCAAUUCACCAUACCCGCCUCUGCCGAUGUGGGUGCGAAUUUGAUCGCGAACAUUGAUGACCCCCAAGCGGUCAACGCACAAUCCGUCUGUCCGGGUUACAAGGCCUCAGAUGUGAAACAUACCUCACAGGGCUUCACCGCUAGCCUGGAGUUGGCUGGAGACCCUUGUAACGUUUACGGAACGGAUGUGGAUUCAUUGACCCUGACCGUGGAAUAUCAGGCAAAGGACCGUUUGAGCAUCCAGAUUGUUCCAACGUAUGUGGACGCUUCCAAUGCAUCUUGGUACAUUCUUCCGGAAGAGCUAGUGCCUAGACCAAAGGCUUCCCGGAAUGCAUCGGUUCCCCAGAGUGAUUUUGCUGUCUCUUGGUCCAAUGAGCCUUCUUUCAACUUCAAGGUGACCCGGAAAGCUACUGGUGAUGUGCUGUUCAACACCAAGGGCUCUACUUUAGUCUACGAGAAUCAGUUCAUAGAAUUUGUCACGUCGUUGCCUGAAGAAUAUAACCUAUAUGGCUUGGGAGAGCGUAUGAACCAGCUGCGCCUGCUGGAGAACGCCAAUUUGACGCUGUAUGCCGCAGAUAUCGCAGAUCCCAUUGACGAUAACAUCUAUGGACAUCAUGCAUUCUACUUGGAUACAAGAUACUACGAGGUGGAUGGUCAGAAAAAGACUCAUACCCUAGUCAAGAGCAGCGAAGCGGAACCAUCUCAAGAAUAUGUCUCAUAUUCUCAUGGAGUGUUCCUCCGAAAUGCGCAUGGACAGGAAAUCCUGCUGCGGGAUCAAAAGUUGAUCUGGCGCACUCUGGGAGGAAGCGUUGAUCUGAUAUUCUACUCUGGCCCAACUCAGGCAGAGGUCACCAAGCAGUAUCAGCUCAGCACCAUAGGACUCCCUGCCAUGCAGCAGUAUAACACACUCGGAUAUCACCAGUGCCGCUGGGGUUAUAACAACUGGUCCGAGUUUGAAGACGUUCUUGCCAAUUUCGAGAGAUUCGAGAUUCCUUUGGAGUACCUCUGGGCCGAUAUAGAUUACAUGCAUGGAUACCGCAAUUUUGACAAUGACCAAUAUCGUUUUUCAUAUGAAGAUGGUGAGAAGUUUCUCAACAAGCUUCACGACGGUGGACGUCGCUGGGUUCCGAUUGUUGACGGGGCUCUUUAUAUUCCUAAUCCUGAGAACGCUUCUGAUGCAUACGAAACUUACGACAGAGGCGCCAAGGAUGAUGUUUUCAUCAAGAACCCCGACGCAGUCUCUAUAUUGGCGCUGUUUGGCCUGGCUACACUGUCUUCCCCGAUUGGCAUCACCCCAAAGCCUCUGACUUCUGGGCCAAUGAGCUGGUCACCUGGUGGAACAAGCUCCAUUAUGAUGGGGUCUGGGAGCUGUGGUAGCGGCAAUCUGUCAAUGAACCCGGCCCACCCACCGUUCGCUCUCCCCGGCGAACCUGGGAACGUCGUCUACGAUUAUCCCGAGGGCUUUAACAUCACCAAUGCUACGGAAGCAGCCUCGGCAUCGGCUGGGGCGGCAAGUCAAUCUGCAGCGACGUCGUCCACAACUACAUCAGCCCCUUACCUGCGUACAACACCUACCCCUGGAGUUCGUAAUGUUGACCACCCUCCUUAUGUUAUCAACCAUGUCCAAACAGGCCAUGACCUGAGCGUUCAUGCCAUCUCACCAAACUCUACUCAUUCGGAUGGGGUUCAGGAGUAUGAUGUACACAGUCUCUUCGGCCACCAAGGCAUAAAUGCAACCUAUCACGGAUUGCUCAAGGUGUGGGAGAACAAACGUCCUUUUAUCAUCGCACGCUCCACAUUUGCCGGCUCUGGAAAAUGGGCCGGUCAUUGGGGUGGUGAUAACUUCUCCAAAUGGGGAUCGAUGUUCUUUUCGAUCUCGCAGGCCCUUCAGUUCUCGCUCUUUGGCGUCCCUAUGUUUGGUGUGGAUACCUGUGGUUUCAAUGGCAACACUGACGAGGAGUUAUGCAACCGAUGGAUGCAGCUCUCAGCCUUUUUCCCAUUUUAUCGCAACCACAAUGUUCUCUCUGCAAUUCCCCAAGAGCCGUAUCGGUGGGCAUCCGUUAUCGAUGCCACCAAGGCGGCCAUGAACAUUCGCUAUGCUAUCUUGCCGUACUUCUACACCCUGUUCCAUCUGGCCCACACCACGGGAUCUACAGUCAUGCGCGCACUGGCGUGGGAAUUCCCGAAUGAUCCCUCCUUGGCCGCGGUCGGCACUCAAUUCCUCGUCGGUCCCUCGAUCAUGGUGAUUCCCGUUCUUGAGCCACAGGCAGAUACGGUCAAGGGCGUCUUCCCAGGCGUUGGACACGGGGAAGUCUGGUACGAUUGGUAUUCUCAAACCGCUGUCGAUGCAAAGCCUGGCGUCAACACCACGAUCUCAGCACCACUCGGUCACAUUCCCGUCUUCGUUCGUGGUGGUAGCAUUCUGCCAAUGCAGGAGGUUGCGCUGACCACCCGCGACGCUCGCAGGACCCCCUGGUCUUUGCUUGCCUCGCUGAGCAGUGAUGGAACUGCCGCUGGUCAGCUCUACCUUGAUGAUGGCGAGAGUGUCUCCCCGGAGGAUACACUUUCUGUAGACUUCGUGGCGUCUAAGUCCACUCUCCGAGCCUCUGCUCGGGGGACUUGGAAGGAGGCGAAUCCACUAGCGAAUGUGACGGUACUUGGUGUGACUGAGAAGCCAUCCUCGGUGACCCUCAAUGGCCAGGAGCUCUCAUCUGACUCUGUUAAGUAUAACGCCACCUCACAGGUUCUCCACGUAGGUGGCUUGCAGAAGCAAACGGCGGAUGGUGCCUGGGCGAAGGAGUGGGAACUGAAAUGGUGA